GUUGGAGCAUUGACAACUGCAGGCCGCCACACACACACACGCACACGCACACGCACACACACUAUAUGUGUAUAAUAUAUAUGUAAUGCAGCAACAUUGAGGACAUCAGCGCCAAAUUCUGAAGCCUCAGCCUCAGUCUCAGCCUCAGCCUGCGACGACUGCGACAGCGACGCUGAUCUCAAAAACACAUUUUCUGGGCAACAUUAUUUUUCGUAUAGUUCGGAACCAUUUAGAUGAACAUCAGUUAGCUAUCGGAUUGGACGUGCGACGUUCCAAAGAGCCAACCAGAACCAUAACCAUAACCAGAAUCAGAAUCACAACCAGAGCCAGCCCAAGCAAAUCAAAUCAAAACCAAGUCAGCCAAGCCAAGCUGACUGAACAGCCAGCCCCAGUUCGCCUUAGUUUCGCCCUGUUCAUUGACAGUACAGCCAAAGUUCAAAAGUUCAGUGCAAGUGAAGACGACAGGACAUAGGCACCAACAGGACACCUUCAACAGUGCCAGUGCAAUGCCAGAAACAGUCCGCCGCAGCCUGAAAAGGAGCGAGCAACGUGGAUCCAUCAUCAUGUCCUCCAACAAACCGCCUUUUUUGUUCGAGUGCUGAGAAACUGUUUUUUUCAAGUGAAUAAUAAAGAAAAGCCGCUGCCAAGUGACGACUAAUCAGCAAUUAAACUGAACUAAGAUCGCAACCAUACCAAGCCAUACCAAUCCGAAUAAUCCGACCCAAUACAGAACAAACUGAGAACCAAGUGCGUGAGUGCCAGUUGAAUCCAUCGCAUCUGCAUGCCACGCUUGCAGCCACAGGACACGCAAGCUCAAGCGGACUCCGAUCGCAGUUAAAUAAUCAUUAGUGAAAGGUCCAUCUGCAGCUUCACAAUCCGGCAAUCGGUCUAGUAAUCAGCAGCCAGAAGGAGCAGCGCAUCGCAUCGUAACGCAUCCUUAGUUUCGGUGGGCCAGGCCGCCAGAAAGCCGUCAAAAUACGAAAGAAGGUGACCUCGAAGAAGGCCAGCGUUGUGUCGGUUGACGACGAUCACAACAACAACAACAACCACAACAACGACCACAACGCUCGGCAGCCCAAAAACCCAGCAAGCGCAAGCACACCCACACCAAUAGGAACACCCAUAGCCACGCCCACGUCCACGCCCGGUGACCCAGAGCAGGAGUGCCCACAGCCCAGGAGCAACCCGAUCCACAGCCAGAACCAGACACCCAUCGAGAUGGACGACACACAGCACUUCUGUCUGCGCUGGAACAACUACCAGAGCAGCAUAACCUCGGCGUUCGAGAAUCUGCGCGACGACGAGGCCUUCGUGGAUGUGACCCUCGCCUGCGAGGGCCGCAGCAUCAAGGCACACCGCGUCGUCCUCUCCGCCUGCAGUCCCUACUUCCGCGAGCUGCUCAAGAGCACACCCUGCAAACACCCGGUCAUACUGCUGCAGGAUGUCAACUUCAUGGACCUGCACGCCCUGGUGGAGUUCAUCUACCACGGCGAGGUCAACGUGCACCAGAAGUCCCUGCAGUCCUUCCUCAAGACCGCCGAAGUUCUGCGCGUCUCGGGACUCACGCAGCAGCAGGCAGAGGACACACACAGCCAUCUGGCUCAGAUACAGAACCUGGCCAAUUCCGGCGGCCGCACGCCGCUCAACACGCUCACCCACUCGCUCCCACAUCCGCACCAUGGCUCGCUGCAUGACGAUGGCGGCUCCUCGACCCUCUUCAGUCGCCAGGGAGCGGGCUCACCACCGCCGACGGCGGUGCCCUCGCUGCCCUCGCACAUCAACAACCAGCUGCUGAAGCGCAUGGCCAUGAUGCACCGCAGCAGUGCCGCCGCCGCCGCCGAGGAGACCUCCCACGCCCUCAAGCGUCUGCGCGGCUCGGACAACGGCCUGCCGCUGUCCGGCGCCGUUGGCAGUGGCAGCAACAACAACAGCCCCGACUUGCCGCCGCUCCAUGCGCGCAGCGCCUCGCCCCAGCAGACUCCGGCCGACUUCAGUACGAUCAAGCACCACAACAACAACAACACGCCGCCGCUGAAGGAGGAGAAGCGCAACGGACCCACAGGCAACGGAAACUCUGGCAACGGCAAUGGCAAUGGCAACGGAGCGAGCAACGGCAACGGAAUCUCCAUCAGCGACAAGCUGGGCAGCCUCACACCCUCGCCGCUGGCUCGAGCGGGCGCCGAUGACGUUAAGUCGGAGCCCAUGGAGCUGGUAUGCUCCAACAACAAUGCCAACGCUAACGACGAGCACAGCAAUGACUCCACCGGCGAGCACGAUGCCAAUCGCUCCAGUAGCGGCGACGGCGGCAAGGGAUCCCUGAGCUCCGGAAACGACGAGGAGAUCGGCGACGGACUCGCCUCCCAUCAUGCCGCCCCUCAGUUCAUCAUGUCGCCGGCGGAGAACAAGAUGUUCCAUGCAGCCGCCUUCAACUUUCCCAAUAUCGAUCCCUCAGCGUUGCUAGGUCUCAACACACAGUUGCAGCAGUCCGGUGACCUCGCCGUGUCCCCUCAAGGUGGCAGCACCGGCAGCCUACUCAGUGGCGUCAUUGUGCCCGGCGGUAGUGGUGGCACCCCUAGUAAUAGUAGUAGCAACAACAACAACAACAGCAACAAUCAACAACAAAAAGUAGAACAACAGUCAUCACCACACCAACUCCUCCAACAACAACAUCAUUCCACACCACAUACCAACAGUCCACAACUGAAGCAGGAACAACCGAAGUCGGGCGGCGGGAGCUGCAAGUCCAGCGACCUGCACAUUGCAGCGGGCAGUGAGCGCAGCCUCUCCCGAUCCUCAACAGGAAUGCCAGACGCCGGCGGGCACAGUGCCACGCCCUCUCCCACCGCCGCCUACCACAAGCGCGAGAGGGAGCGCGAAAGAGAGCGCGAACGGGAGCGGGAGCGCGAGCGGGAACGCUCGCUCGACCAUGAGCGCGACUUGGAGAGACCAGGCGGCACCGGAUCGCCACCACCGCCGCCGCCGUCGCAUCACUCACAUUUCGGCCAGCACCCACUGUCGCUGCUGCCCAGCCACCACCAGCUGCACGCGACCCACCACGAGCUGAGCGCCGCCGCCGCCCACCAUGCUCACGCCCAUGCGCAUGCCGCCCACGCCCAUGCCUUAGCACGCGCCGGAUCGCCAAUGGAGCACCACCACCUGUUGCACCACAGACGCGCCUCGCUUUCCCCCUCGGGGGCCGUUUCCUCGGCCAGCGGAGCGGGUGGACGCGGAGGCGGCGCUGGCGGACCGGGCGGACCCGGCGGCAGCCUGCUGUCAUCUGUGCGCGCCCAGGACGUGGCACAGGCCAAUAGACUCCUUCUGCCCCUGCCCCUCAACGCCUGCCACCGGUGCGACGUGUGCGGCAAACUGCUGAGCACCAAGCUCACGCUGAAGCGCCACAAGGAGCAGCAGCACCUGCAGCCGCUGAACAACGCCGUGUGCAACCUGUGCCACAAGGUCUUCCGCACGCUCAACUCGCUGAACAACCACAAGAGCAUCUAUCAUCGCCGCCAGAAGAACCACCACUCGUAUUUCCACCACGGCGCCGGUGUGAGCCAAGCGGGCAGUCCGGGCAGUCGGCUGCAUCAGUCGCUCAGUUCGUUGAGCGCAGCAGCAGCGGCGGCCAACAAUAGCGUUAAUGUAGGCGGUGGAUCGGUAGGCGGGGCCGGGGGCAAUGCAGUGGCUGCUGCUGCAGCCGCAGCUGCCGCGGCGGCCGAACUGCUUCUCUCUCCGAUCGUUGGCGCCGCUGCCGUGGCCGGGGGUACGGCCAGCUCCACGCUCCAGCUGGCGGCGGCGCACCAGCAGCAGCAGCAACAGUCGUCGCCGGGCAUUGUCAAACCGUGCAUGGACUUCUUAUAAGAUCAGCAGCAACUCUUGCAGCAGCUGUUCCACGUGGCGCUCAACAACUCCGCGGCGGCAGCGGCGGCUGCAGCGGCAGCAGCUGCGGCGGGUGGAUCGGGAGGGGGCCCAGGCGGAGUGGGAGCUGGGCCGGAGUCAAUCAACGGAGGCGGACAGGAGUACGGAGGAGUGCAGGGGCCGAGUGGCACGCCCACUGUCGAUCUCACCCAGCUGGAGCACUCGGCUGGAGGCGGUGGAUUCUCAGCCGCCGCCGCCCUGCAGCACCACCUGCCACACCACCUAGCACACCAGCAUCCGAUGUCCCACCAGCAUCCCCACCAGCUGACACACCAGCACCCGCACCCCCAUCCGCACCAGCAUCCAUAUGAACGCAUGAAUUUACUAGACCAAUAAGCGAGGCGCCAGGAAGUAUGCUACGAAUGAUGAUCGGGCACCAGACACACGCACACGCGCACAUGAAGGCACACACACACACACGACGGAGGAGACGGACGAGGAGGAGGAAGCGAGGAGGAGAAGAAGGAGGAGGAGGAGAAGAACCGACCGAACGAAAAAGGAGCAGAGGGAGAUUAGGACUAUACUACGACCACGUAGACAUUUCAAUUUCGGAUCUCACAGAACGGAAAAUUCAAAGACUUUUUCGGCCAGAAAGAAAACGAAAGAAAACUAAAAUACAAUGGCGAACAUCGAGAUAAAGCAAUGAUGAAAGCGCAAGCAAGGAGAGGAAAGGAAGACAAAAACAUUUUUAGGCAAAUGGAAAAACUGUGAUUAUUUACGACUUGAUUAUAAAGCAAGCAAAAACAAAGGUCUUUUACGAUAAAGCUAUAUAUGUAUAUGUAGCUAUAUACAAGCAUAAUGCACACACCGACACACACACACACGCACACUCAUUCAGAUCGCGCUGGAAUCGGACUCGUUACAUAUAAGGAUUUUUUUUGACCAUCCCAAAUUGGGAUGCGAAUAGAGUUUGUCACUAAACACUAGAUUAGGAGAAGCAGCGCUCCAUCGCUUGGAGCCUGGAGCACAGGAUAGAAGACUGUAAACAAUGCCACAUGCCACAUGUCCAUCCUCAUGCUCAUGCCCACCCCACACACGCCCCUGAGUAUUACCCAAUAAAUGCGCUGAAUGCCAUCACCCAUCGUCACCCCGGCUCUGAAUCUGAAUGUGAAUCCGAUCCUAUCUAAUCAGAUCAGAUCAGAUCAUAUCAUCAUAUCGAUGUGGGCGGGGAUGCAGCCGGGGAUCACACUGAAUUGCAACCUCUCCCGAUUUGUACAGCAUUCAUAUAACUAUUCUAUCUUCCUCACCACUACACGCUCAUGAACAGAAAAACAACAAACAACCAAUGCAUAUAUAUAUUUUUUUUGUUUUUUUGAUAUGAUUGUAAGAUACGAGAUAUAUAUAUAGAUAUAUAUAUAUAUACACAGAUAUAUAUACAUAAACAUAUGUGUACAUUUAGCAGCCACUAAAUAUUCAUCAAAUGAGUAGCAAGGUCAAUGUAAAAACCGCAACAAUGUAAACCUAGCCCUAAGUGAACGAGUGUGUAAUACGAUUUUUUUUACUUAUCUACAACUAAGAGCGUUGCUCCUAAGAAACCACACACGAGUAUACAUAAAUACAUAAUACAUUUGUAAAUGUAUUUGCAUAACUAUGAGACGAAUACGAUAUGAAUACGAUAUGAAUAUAACUAAGACUAUGGCUCAGCAUAACGCAUACGCAGCAAAGCAUAAAUCAAUUUCGAGAUGAAAGUCGGGUGGGCGGAGAUCUUGGAUCGUGAUCGUGUAUAGGUGGAAAUAGCACUGAGUGGAGUUAACCAGAUGAGUAAGUCGUGCGCGUUUCGAAGCUUGGGAAGUGGAUGGGAGUAACGGGGACCAGGACUGACUAGUGUUAAACUCAACCGAAGGGGGCGAUGAGCACUCAUCGAUAAACGUUAGCUUAUAUGUAUGUAGCUGAAACUCGACAAGGAACAAUUUAAUUGACGGUCCCCAGUUGAAGUGUCGGCACUUAUGGUACGUACUAUACUAUGCUUUCCAAUUGGCACACUUUGCGACUCAAAAUGUAUAAUCAAAAUUAGCGACCAGAUAUUAAUUUGAAGACUGAUCACUCGAAGUAGAACUUUGAAGGGGGCGAGGUUUAGAACUAGAACAGGCCGUAUCAAGUGGUCUCAGGCAAAGAAACCGCAGGAAACGACACUAUUUUUUUAGGCGCGUGCAAUUUCAUCUUGGGUUUUUCGUUGGGGUCCCCAUAAGCUUUGGGAUAGCGAUAGAAAGGAUAGUAGCCUUAGUUAAAGGUCAGGACCAAAUGACCGAUAGUAUCUACAUAUAUGAAGAUAGAAAGAGAGCGCGAGACAGAGAUGAGGAGAGGAGUGGAAGUGGAAAAAAGUUUGAGCGCUGAUACGUUGUAUGCGAGUAUAGUCGAAUUUUAUAUUUUAUACAACCUAUUAUAAUUAACUCUUAAUGUAACUCACCCACGCAUAAUCUAGGCGCAUGGCGAAAUUCUCAAUUUCCCCCAUGUAUGUAUUUUUUUUUUCUUGCUUCUUUUGGCAAACGAAAAGUCUGAAAAGUUGAUUAAGUUGAAUCAUCUACGUUUUGAUACCAAAAUUCGAUUUACAUAGCUUAUGCACGUACGACUACAUUAAGUUCACCCUACGUACGAGUACACCCGUAACCGUGUCCGUAUCCGUAUCCGUACCCGAAUCUGUAUCUAUCUAUCAAUAAGGAGAACCCUCCGUUUGUUACGCCCCACGCGAUCUGAAAUCGCCAGCUGCAAUGCCAUAUACCCAUAUACAGAGCAUCCGAGUGCUCCGACCUCACCCCCAAAUGUCACCUCGUUUUUAUUAUAUUCAAUAAAUGUGGAAUUUGUAAAUCCAGACGCAUGUAUGUAUGUACAGUAUGUACCGAGUACAGAGUACUGAGUCACACAUAGCAGUUCAAGGAAGUGGAAGUUUAAAUGUCGAUUAUUUAAAACAUGUACUACUCACAGACUAACAGACAUCGCAGAUAACAGUUCACAGUUUACAGUUCACAGAUCGCAAAACCCAGUGUGUGUAUGAGAGGGUCGUCAUGUGAGUACAGAGCCCAGGAGUUACUCAACUUAUUACACUGAGGACCUAGCCAACUAACUAAACUAACUAAAUAGCAUAUUGAUACUCGAAAUAGCAGCAGUAAGGCCUCGAUAAGCGAGGCGUCCUAACAGAAGAAUACCGAAAUACCGAAAUACAGAAAUACAGAAAACCCAAAUCAGAAAUGAGAAUACCGAUUAAACAACCGAAUACCAACUAAUAAUCAAUAGUAGGUUCGCCUGUUUAUCUUGUGCACUAAGAAUAUUUUUUCCUAUUCGUAUAGAUGUUCCCCACAGCCUCCCCUAACCGAAGUUCCCAAAAUCCCUUGCCAGUUAAGUGAAUGUAUGCAUACUGAACCGUAUUAUCCAAUGAACCAUUAGCUCCAAGCCACAUAAAGCUUACAAUUACAAUUACAUUAACAACUACAAUUACAAUUACAAUACGCGAUAUUUAAAAAUAAACUAAACUACAGUAACAGUAACAGUAACAGUGCAGUAACUACAUGGCUAUACAUACAUAAGUAAAAUAGCAAAUCCGAGGAAGUAAGAGCAAAUGACGGCUUGCCCCCAGCAUUCAAUCGAAUAUGCAUAGAAAUAGAAACCGCAACCGAUACAGAAACAGAAACCGAAACCAAAAGGUGUUGAGUGCAGAAGGGAUGCGGAGUGGAUGUGCACUCUGGUGGUCCCAGAUGUUCCAUUCGGCGGCUCCUUUCUACGCUCAGGAUCAAGGACAAGCCAAAUCAGUUAAAUAUCUUAUCUAGUUGGAAACACUCACUCGUACACAAACGCUUGCAUACUUAUAGCUGUAGAAAUAUAACCCAUACCAAUAUCAGUAACCACACCCACACCCACAGCCACAGCCACACCGAUCGAAGAUCAAGUCAGAAUUCAGAAGGGAAAACCAGCAGCAGUAGUAUGAAUACAAACGCAACAGACAGAAGUUUCCUUUGGCGACAAUUUCGAAUUGUUUUUCCCAUAAGCUCGAACUUGAACUCGAACUCAAACUACAAUAAAAACUAUUAAGUUUUCCACUCUAGCCUAGUAAGAAAUGUACAUUUUUGUCUCCUGUACGUUCACUUGUACAUAUUAUAAGCAAGGUGCCAGCACUAGAACUAACCCAAGCGGCAAGCCACUCCUACACACACAUAUAUAUGCAAAGCAAAGUAACGAAAUAACAAAAAAAAAAAAACAAAAACAACAACAAAUUAAAUAAUUAAUAAUUUUAUGUAUUUGUGUAAAUGUCAAGCAGACAAGACAACACUCUAAGGAAGCAAAACCAAAACCAAAUCAAACAAAUCCGAACCGAACCGAACUCAUUCAUUUCGUUAUACGUAAAUCGGAGAGCAAGAUCAUUGAAAUCAAGUCAGUCAAAUGAAAACCGCACACGAAAACACAAACACACUCACACACUCAGACAGACAGACAGAAGGAAAACGAAGUAUUUUCAUAAUUAAAACAGAAAUGAUAUCGUGUUAUUAUUUAAAUAAAUAGAAUGUAUAUAAGUGAACCUUUGUA